GCUGAGGGUGUGGGUCCCGGCGGUGAGGGCUGAACAGCCCUGGGGUGUGGGGAGACAAAGGGAUCCAAGUCGUGUCUUUCCUGCUUUGGGAAUCGGUGUCCCGGCUGUCUGUGGAACAUCAGAGAAGGUAUGGACUCUGAGCCACAGAAACAGGAUCCAGUAGAGAAGAACCAAGUGUGAUGUUGAAUCUGCUAGAGAGGUUCCUGGAGCAAGAGUGAAGAGAUCAGGCCCCAUCCCUGGGACAUUUUAGAUAUGACUUGGAAAGAACAAGAAAAGACUGAACUUUUUACAGAUAAUUUUUGUAAUAUAUGUGGAGUGGUGCUGCAGUUUGAAUCACAAAGGAUUUCACAUUAUGAGAGUGAAAAACAUGCUCAAAAUGUUAGGUUUUAUUUUCAAAUGCAUGGGGAACAAAAUGAAGUGCCUGGUAAGAAAAUGAAGAUGGAUGUUAGGAAUUUUCAGAUGCAUAGGAGUGAAGUAGUGGACAGAAACAAAUUUUGUGGUCUCUGCAACAUCAUUUUUAGCUCCCCUGUUGUUGCUCAGUCUCACUAUGUGGGGAAAGUCCAUGCUAAAAAACUGAAGCAAUUAAUGGAGGAGCAUGAUCAGGUAUCUCCAUCAGGAUUUCAGCCAGAGAUGGGUGUGCCUAUUACUACUUCUGCAGAGUCAACUUUUCUGAAGCCCCUUGUUGUCAAGCCUCCUCCAGCUGGGAUUAAAGACGAGACUAUGCCUUCCUCUUCCAGCAGUGCUUUGGAUUUGAAUAAUCCAAACAAGUAUUGCAAGCUCUGUCCUGCUUCCUUUAAUAGUCCAUUAAUGGCCCAACAACAUUAUGUUGGGAAAAAACACAAAAGAAAUGAAGCUAGGAAGAAGUUUGUAGCCAAGAUAAGAGAGAAACCUCUUCCAGCAAAAUCAGAUGCAAACGCAUUUAGUAUGAAAACCUACGUUUGUCAUAUUUGUAAUAUCACCUUUACAUCUUUAGAAAUGUUCCGGUCCCAUAUGCAAGGAAGUGAACAUCAAAUUAAAGAAUCCAUUGUUACCAAUCUAGUGAAGAAUCCGAAGAAGCCGCCAGACUCUUACCAAGAUGAAAGUACAGAUUACAUCAAAGUACAGAAAGCCAGAGGACCAGAACCAAAGACUUGUUUCAGAAAGAUGGAAGAGACUUCUUUGGAAACCUGCAGGUACAGAGAAGCGGUUGAUUCCAGAUCCAGACAUAGAAUGUUUGAACAAAGACUCCCAUGUGAGACUUCCUGGACAUACCCAGGAUCAUGCAAUAUUUCACGAACAAUGGAAAACCAGUUACCUCAUUGCUUACCAGCUCACUCAAAGAACACAUAUGACUCUUUCCAAGAUGAACUGGAAGAUUAUAUCAAAGUGCAGAAAGCCAGAGGACUAGAUCCAAAGACUUGUUUCAGAAAGAUAAGUGAGAGCUCUGUGGAAACCCAUGGGUACAGAGGAGUUGAUUCUGGACCCAGACCAAGAAUGUGUGAGCGAAGAUUUUCAUUUGAGACUUCUCAGACCUCCCAACGACCAUACAGUACUUCACCAGUGGAAAGCCAAUUACAUCACUGGUUACCAGCUCAUUCAGAGAGGUCAUAUGACUCUUUCCAAGAUGAACUUGAGGAUUAUAUCAAAGUGCAGAAAGCCAGAGGACUAGAGCCAAAGACUUGUUUCAGAAAGGGAAGAGAUAGCUCUGUGGAAACCCAUAAAUACAGAGAAAUGGUUGAUUCCAGACCCAGACAUAGAAUGUUUGAGCAGAGACUCCCAUUUGAGACUUUCCAGAAUUACCCAAGAUCAUCCAAUAUUUCACAGGCAGCGGAAAACCAGUUACCUCAUUGCUUACCAGCUCAUGACAGCAAACAGAGAUUAGACUCUAUGACCUACUGUCAACCCACCAGAGACUAUUUCCCAGAAAAACCAGUACCCCUGAGCCUUAGUCAGCAGGAAAACAAUUCUGGCCCAUACAGUGUAGAAUCUGAAGUUUACAAGCACCUCUCCUCAGAAAACAAUACCAGUGACCAUGAAGCAAGUCAUACGCGGAAACAUCAGAAGAGAAGAAGGCACCUGGAGGAAGGUGAAGAAAAGCCAGAGAAGGAGCAGUCGAAGCAUAAAAGGAAAAAGAGUUAUGGGGAUACAGAUCUAGACAAGGACAAGAGCAUCCAGGAAAGGAAAAGAGAGGGAGAUAAAGUCAGUUCAGGAAAGCUUAAGCAUCGAAAAAAGAAAAAAAGCCAUGGUGUUCCCUCUAAGAAGGAAGAACAUAAGCACAAGAAAGAGAAAAAGAAAUCUGUUGAAGAAAAGACAGAAGAGGAAAUGCUUUGGGAUGAGUCUAUUCUUGGAUUUUGAACUUUUAGCUUUGUUUACCCAACGAGAAAUCGGUUAAGAAUAGGGGAAUUUAGACAAAGACAGGAACAUCCAAUGAAGAAAA